AUGUUGUUUUAUUUAUUCUUAACAUUUCAAGUCUUAUAUACUGUUUCCUCUGAAAUAUCUUGUUAUUAUUGUCCAUAUGACGAAAACGGUUUUAAUUAUAUUAUUACAGAUGACAAUAUUCCUACUGAACUUCGCAAUUGUUCAUUAAAAGCUAAUUCAAAACAGUGUAUGAUUCAAAUAUUCUGGCAACGGAAUCCAGAUACUACAAAAAUAACAUUAAUUGCUGAUGAUAAUGAGCCGUCAAUAUUACAAGGCCACAAACUUCAAGUCAAUAUUGGUUAUGAUAAAACAGGAUUGAUGCCAAUAUGGGAAAAAGGUAUUAUAUACGAAUGUCAUACUGAUCAAUGCAAUAGUAUAAGUCAAUUGAAACGUUUAUUAAGUUCAUUAAUGAUAACUGAUAAUCUUUAUCAACUUACGUAUCUUCUCAAUCCAGUUCUACCAUUUCAAGGUGAAUGGUGUUAUCGUGGUUCAAAUGUAACUUUUGAAGAAUGUGAUACUACAAUACCAACAAGUUCAUGUAAACAAUGUAUUUUAUCCGGAAUGAUAAAUCAAACAAGAACAGAAUUAUGUGCAACAUGUUCGACUAAUGAUCCUGAUAAAGGUGUAUUGUCACAUCAGAUGUUAUUUAAUAUGAUUGAUCGAACCAAAACUACCUUUUGGCUGAUCAUGUGUGGUCACGAAGAUUGUAAUACACCGGCUGUUGGAGAUAGUAUUCGUCAAAAAAGCGAUAUCUCUUUUGAUUUUGACAAAUUUUUUCAUACCGAUAAUAAAUCAACAUCCAUAUUAUCUAUGAACAAAAUGACUUUGCUAUUCGUUGGUUUUUUUCUAAAACUCUUUCAUUGA